CUCACGCGCCGCCUGCUGCGCCGGCGCUGCGCCGCGGCCAGGAGCCUGCUGCUGGUGUGCCUGUCGCGCGACGCCGCGCCCGCUGGCGAGAUGUUAAUCGGCGACGAGACAGCGUCCAAAAUCGCAGAGGUGGUCAGCGGCGCGCUCAGAGAAGCCCUGGAUCCGUCUAAUGCUGACCAAGAAGACGGCAUCGACCUCGAGCAUGCGGCGUCCAUCGCAGCGCACCUGGCCACGACUGUAGCUUCGAAGGCGUCUGAUGAGAACUACCUGCAGCUGACGCUCAACCUCUUCACGCUGAAUGUGGCUGUGCCGCGCGGCUCGCCCCGGCUGAGCGUGGAGUCGUGGCUGGAAGUGCGUGGCGCGGCGCACGACGGGCUGGCCGCGCUGCCGCGGGAAGCGCGCGUGGCCGCCCGCGCCCGCGCCGCCAACGAGCUGCAUACAGCCCUGUUGGCGCUUAAGGAUACAGUCAGCAUAACCCAAAUCGAGCACAUGACGUCACUCUGCCCAUUCUUAUUGAGCGAAUGCGACGACAGCGAGCCCCCGACCGAUGUCAGUGAAAUAGUCGAAUUCACGAAGCAGGUGCUCGCUCUCCCACAAACGAUGUCAGCUGUCCCGACCGAAACCUUUGCCUUACGAUACGACUGCAUCGCUAACAGACUCAACUGCCCUUUCGAAGACGACAACGACCUCAUCAAAGCCAUAGUGAAGGAAGCGUCCGACAGCAAUCCGACCGAACUAACUAUAACCGACCUUGUGCCGUAUUUGAAUAAGUUCCUAUUUCGCGCGAUAUUCCUCCGGACCAUGCUCCUGCAUAGAGGCUCACACGAGGAAGAAGAGGAUGAGGACGAGGAGCCGAAGCAGAACGAGGCGUGGUGCAAUAACUUAAUGAGCGACGAGUACAUACAGGAGGAGUUUUGUAAUUUGCUUCGCGAUUUUAUGGUUGUCACCUCCCUACAUGAAGGAUAUGGUUAUUGGGUCCACCACACGCUAAUCCAAGAAACGAAAUCCAAAAUGGACGCAAUAUUCGAUGCCAUAAUACCCGAGACGUCCGAAGACCUCAGGGCUAGUAUUCUAACCCGGCUGUCGGAGCGCGCGGCCGCUGAAGGAUACUACUGGUCGUACGCGCGGCGCUUCUACGAGACCAAGGUGGCGAAGGACGGGGAAGGCGACGAAAAGGGAGACCCCGCCGGCGUCACCAAGCUGGCUGAGGAUUUGGACGUGACAAAGAUCGAGACUAUGCUGACGGGGAAUGGAUUUUUCCAUAGUUUACAGGCGAACACGAAAUGGAGUUCAGAUUCGUUAGCUCGCGCGCAGUGUGCGUUCGCGGUGAUGCUGCGAGCGACGAUGGCGGCGCACGGCUCGCGCGCGGGUGCCGACGAGUUUGCGCGCGCCGCACUGUCUGCGUGCACUGAUUGCAAUCUGGAUGCCGUCAUCGACUUCUAUCAUAGAAACUCGGAGACCAUGCUCAUUGAGAGAGACAUAUCAACUAUGUCCUGGGGCGAGGUGGUAUGCGAGUCUAGCAUUGUAGAAUGCGUGAUCGCAGCCUUGAGCCGGGACGGCUGGACCGCGCCGCCGCACCACUGGGACUUUGCCACCGUCACGCUUUGCACGCUCGUCGAGUGCGUGCACAUGGCGCAGAAACAUUAUGGCUGCACCAAGGUGGCGAUGCUGUCGCUAGCGACGUUCCGGCUGUACUCGUUCGUGGAGCAAUUCAUCGGCAACAUCAAGGCGGAGUGCGAGCGGCGCCAGCCCCUGCCGCACGUGUUCGAGCUGCUGGCCGAGUGGCGCGACGUGUUCGCGCCCGCGCUCAACACGCAGCUCUAUACUAUCGCCGCGCAUCUGCUGCAAAACGCGUCCAAAACAAUAACCAGCGGGCAGGCCCGCUUACUUUCGGCCGUGUCUCGCGGGAUACAGCGCGCGGAUUGGGCGCUGGCGGAGGCGGCGCACCGCGCGCACUCGCUGGCGCUGCCGCGGCUGGCGGGAGUGGCAUCAGCUGCGUUGGCGCGCCCGCUGCAUCCCGCCUACCACUGCCUGGCGUAUAGACUGCUUGUGGCUAUUGUAAAACCGAUGGCGCAGCAUGACGCGGAUCAACUGGCGAUUUGGAGCGCAGAGGGCACAGAGGAAGGCGAGGAUCGCGAGCGACCGCAGCUGGCUCCGCAGUGGUUACACAAGCCGUUUGCGCGCGCGCUCGAACUUGCCGACGCCGCGCUCACCGGACACACAGCGGGCGUGGACUCGUGCGAGAUGGUGGCAGGGUCGGACGCGCACGCGCUUGCAUUAGGCUGCGCGCUGCUGGCCGACGCGCUGCACGAGCUCACCACGCGCGCGCGCGGCGACCUCACGCACCACUACAUACAGCACUACAGAUGGUAG